AUUCUAAAGAAUUCUACUUCAGAACUUAAAACAGAUACUCACUCUUUUGCCUGUUGGUUGAUAGAACUCUACUCCAAAGUUUCAAAGUUCAAUAGUUCAGGUGUGCCUUUAGCGCAGUCGGAAAACGUUAGCGAUUUGGUGGAGAUCUGAGUGUGUUAUCAUAUUGCAAGUAUUUCAAGAUAGCGAGUUUUUUUGUGCGAUUUGGUGGAGAUCUGAGUGUGUUAUCAUAUUGCAAGUAUUUCAAGCUAGCGAGUUUUUUUUUUGGUGAGAUUUUGGGUGGGAUUUGUGGAUAAUUUCAGGGUUUAGCAUAUUUCUGAGAGAGGUGGUAGGAGCUGCGAUUUCAAUUCAUGGAGACUGAGCUCAAGAUCAAAGGUAUAUUAGGGUCAAAGAGAAGUCUUCCUAUGCCUAUUUGUUGUGCAAGAUGCAAAAAGAGGAAGCGGGUUGAAUCUGAUAGGAAAGGUCCUAAGAACAUUAACACAAUCCAGCAGGGAGUUCCUGGGACUAUUGAGCUGCAAUUUGUAGAUCACAUUUGUGGAUACAGAGAAAGGUUUCCAGAUUGCUGCGUUCAAGAAGAAGAAAAUGGCUGGAGUGUUACUCCUGAUCAUGAAGAUGAUGGUGGGGGAAAUGAUGAUGACCCACAGUAUAAGAUCUUCUUGGCUAGUACUGUACAACGAGGUACAUCAUACACUACUACACUUGAAGAGAAUGGGUCACCCUUGUUCUUACAUUAUGAAACAGAGAAUGUGUGUAGAGAUGAGCCUGAUUAUGUGUGCAGGAGAAGAGUGAAGAACAUUAAGAAAGGGCAUGAUGAUGAUGAUGACCCACAAUAUCUGAAAUUCUUGGCUAAUACUGUACAGAAAGGCACAUCAUAUGUGACUAAACUUGAAGAGAAUGGCUUGCCCUUGUUCAUACAUUACGAAAAGGAGGAUGGGUCUGGUGAGGAGCGUAGCGAUGCCAGCAGGAGAAGAGCGAAGAGCAUUAAGAAAGGAUACAAUGACAAUGGUGGGGGGAAUGAUGUUGAUCCACAAUAUAUGACCUUCUUGGCUAAUACUGUACAACGAGGUACAGCAUACACGACUACACUUGAAGAGAGUGGGUCGCCCUUGGUCUUACAUUACGAAAAAGAGGAUGGAUGUGGUGAUGAUCCUGUUGAUGUGUGCAGGAGAAGAGUGAAAAACAUUGAGAAAGGGCACAAUGCUAGAGAAAAGGCUUUUGGCUCUGUUUCUGGAAACUAUAAUGUGGAAAGAGCAAAUGGUUUUGAAAUGGUUCUAGAAAAGAAUAAGGAUGUGUUUGUAGUUGUAGACAAUGAAAUGUUUGAAGUACCUAAGAGCCAUUAUGAAUAUGAUAUUGACAGUGAAUCACAUAAAGAAAGGAGUACUCAAAACAGGAGAAACAAUGGUUCAAAUAAUGGAAGGAAUACUCAAAACUGGAGAAUAUCAGAGGACAGGGAGGAAGAAUACAUAGACGAAGAUUGUGUGGUUCUGAAUCAAAACAACUAUGUUGUUAAAACUUCAUCUUCAGCCAAUUGGCAUAUGGAAUGUGGUCGUAAUCAUUCUGAAGGUGUCGAAGCUAUGUUUUGCAAGGAAAGAAGCCCUGACCUCUCUCCUGGGAAUCAGCAUGUGGAAUAUGAUCUUAAGGACCGCGAGGAGGAAGACAUAGACAAUGUUUAUUUGGUUUUACUGCAAAACAUGACAUGUAAAAACUCUGUUAGUAAAGCUUCAUGUCAAAGCAAUCAGCCUGUGGAAUAUGAUCUUAAGCACUGGGAAGAGGAUGAAAUAGAUUAUGAUUAUUUGGCUUUACUGCAAAACAUGACAUGUCAAAAGUAUGCUAUUAAAGCAUGUCAAAGCAAUCAAACUGUGGAAUAUGGAUGUAAUCAGUCUGAAGAUGUCGAAGUUAUUCAAAACAAUUACAAGGAAAGAAGCCUCGACCAUUUUAUUUCUUCAACAGAAUAUCUCAAUCUAGAUGAAACCUCCGAACUUCUUGGUGAAAGUAUGCAAUCUCCAUUUAGGAAGAAGAUCAUCAAUAUUCUCAAGAGGCCAUAUAACCAAUCAGAGUAUGUAGAGCUUUUGAAAGAUGUCAAAGUUCGAAAGCCAAUACUAAAAAACUUGGAGUUGCGUGAUGGGAGAGAUAUGUUAUACCCUACAAGUAAAAUUGGAAAGUCUUAUUUAGAUCACCACAAAGAUCUGAAGAAAAGACUAGAUGAAGUAAGGACAAACAAACAUAAAAGGUUGAACAUUUUGCGUGGGUUUUUCUUUUGGCUACAGAAUGUGACUCUGGUAGGAGUAUUCAAGCCUUGGAAUGAUCCAACAUGUCUGGCUAUUGUGCCUGGAUCUUGCUAAUCCAUGAAUUUUGGAGCAAAAUCAUUUCAGGUAUCUUGCUAAUUUCAUUAUCCAUAUGUAUAAUAUUCAUUGCAACAAAAUCCUUUCUUUAUGCCAUCUUGGUUUCUUUUUGGCACCAUGAUUUAGACACAUCAAUGUACU